UCGCGGUCUGAGCCCGCGCGGGUCCGCCAAGGUGCGUCUCUAGGCUGACGCUGUCGCCUAGCGCAGAGCAAGCUGGACGCGCCACCCGCAGGGCUGGCUGCUGCCUUUAUUUGCUAGGAAAUACUGUUUCUCUGCGGGAGAGUCCGGGAGCGCAGACACACACACACACGCUAGCUAGCGCGCUCGCGCUUAACAACCGCAUCCCCAAACCGGCAGAGCGAAGCUGCUGCGGUUCCUCUUAACCUCAGCAUCGUGGGGCGAAGCAGGGCCAUUGUGCAUCAGGGAGAGCCUGGUGCCUGCGCUGCCACCUUGGGUACGUAACCCAGCAGACCGCUCACCCCAAAGGCUGGAAUGCUUGCUGAUUCCUCUGCAAACUUCUAAGGCUGAGAUCCUGAGGAACCCAGCUGGAGAAUGCCGUCUGAACGCUUCCUCAGUAUUCAAGAAAUGCUGACGGGCCAGAGGCUCUGCCACUCGGAAUCUCACAAUGAUAGCGUCCUGGCGGCACUGAAUCAGCAGAGAAGUGAUGGCAUCCUCUGCGAUGUCACCCUGAUUGCUGAGGAACAGAAAUUCCAUGCUCACAAGGCAGUCCUAGCAGCCUGCAGCGACUAUUUCCGGGCCAUGUUCAGUCUUUGUAUGGUGGAAAGUGGGGCCGAUGAGGUGAAUUUACGCGGGGUGACCAGCCUUGGCUUAAAGCAGGCCCUGGAGUUCGCGUACACAGGACAGAUUUUGUUGGAGCCAGGCGUGAUCCAGGAUGUAUUAGCAGCUGGCAGUCACCUACAGCUGUUGGAGCUUCUCAACUUAUGUUCCCACUAUCUCAUCCAGGAAUUAAAUAGCUUUAAUUACUUGGAUCUGUACAGACUUGCUGACCUCUUUAACCUCACUUUGUUGGAGAAGGCAGUGAUCGAUUUCUUAGUGAAACAUCUCUCUGAACUCCUGAAGAGUCGCCCGGAAGACAUUCUAACGCUCCCUUAUUGUCUGCUUCAGGAGGUCCUGAAGAGCGACCGCCUGACCUCCUUGAGUGAAGAGCAGAUCUGGCAGCUAGCCGUCAGGUGGUUGGAACACAGCUGCCACUACCAGUACAUGGAUGAGCUCCUGCAGUACAUCCGCUUCGGCCUGAUGGACGUGGAUACUCUCCACUCUGUUGCCCUGUCCCACCCCCUGGUCCAGGCGAGUGAGACCGCAACAGCUCUCGUCAACGAGGCCCUGGAGUACCACCAGAGCAUCUAUGCCCAGCCCGUGUGGCAGACCCGCAGGACCAAACCGCGGUUCCAGUCAGAUACUCUGUACAUCAUUGGUGGGAAGAAGCGCGAGGUCUGUAAAGUCAAGGAACUUCGGUACUUCAACCCGGUGGACCAGGAGAACGCCCUCAUAGCUGCCAUUGCCAACUGGAGCGAGCUGGCUCCCAUGCCCGUGGGCAGGAGCCACCACUGUGUGGCCGUGAUGGGGGACUUCCUGUUUGUUGCAGGAGGGGAAGUUGAGCAUGCCAGCGGCCGGACGUGUGCCGUCAGGACCGCCUGUCGCUAUGACCCCCGCAGCAACUCCUGGGCAGAGAUAGCACCCAUGAAAAACUGCCGGGAGCAUUUCGUGCUGGGAGCGAUGGACGCAUACCUCUAUGCAGUUGGGGGCAGAAACGAACUGCGCCAGGUCCUGCCUACCGUCGAGCGCUACUGCCCCAAGAAGAACAAGUGGACUUUUGUGCAGUCCUUUGACCGGUCCCUCUCAUGUCACGCCGGAUACGUGGCUGACGGUCUUCUUUGGAUAUCAGGUGGGGUAACCAACACAGCCCAGUAUCAGAACAGACUAAUGGUAUAUGAACCUAACCAGAAUAAGUGGAUAAGCCGCAGCCCCAUGCUGCAGAGGAGGGUCUACCAUUCCAUGGCUGCUGUCCAAAGGAAGCUGUAUGUUCUUGGAGGCAAUGACCUGGACUACAAUAACGACCGCAUCCUCGUGCGGCACAUAGACUCCUACAACAUAGACACCGACCAGUGGACGCGUUGUAAUUUUAACCUUUUGACUGGCCAAAAUGAAUCUGGAGUUGCUGUCCAUAAUGAGAGAAUAUAUUUAGUUGGUGGAUAUUCAAUUUGGACAAAUGAGCCUCUGGCUUGUAUCCAGGUACUGGAUGUGAGUAGAGAAGGCAAAGAAGAAGUGUUCUAUGGGCCUACACUCCCUUUUGCUUCCAAUGGAAUAGCAGCAUGCUUCCUUCCAGCUCCAUAUUUCACAUGCCCUAACCUUCAAACUCUCCAAGUGCCUCAUCACAGGAUUGGCACCAUCUGAAAAGCCAAUGCUCUCAUAAUAACCAUCAUAAACAGGAGGGGAAAAAAAAGAAAAAAAGCCUGACUUUUGGAUUCUGGGCAUGAAAAAACUCAGUGCUCAGUGCCUCCUUGUUUUGUUUUCUAGAUCUUAUAUUCAGAUAAACAUUAGCAAAAAAUGAACAGUUUUCUAAAAUACAUUAUUGAAAAUGCCUGUCACCCUUCUCAGUGUGUCAACAUACAAUAUGUAUGACUUUUAUUGUGGUGUAGCUUUAGUGCCAACUUAAUGGUCCAUCGGUCUUAAGAACACUCUUUGUACACUUUGUCUAAUCAGUGCUGUCUAGGACAUUACAUUCUUAAGUAAGACAAUUUAUUUCACAAGUACUGCUAUCAACGACCUUAAAAAAAAAUCUUCAGUACUUAAUCCCUGUAGUACUUAAGCCUGCGUUUGUAAUUUUUCUUUUAAAAAUUUAACAUUAUGCAGUACCGCUCAGUAGAGACUCACCAUUUAUGACAUCAUAAAUUUUUAAGUGCCAUAUUUUAUUCAAGGUAAUACGAAUAACAGACGUACACUGAAACGGCAGAUGGAAUACCCAGAUUUUUUGCCUUAGUUGCUCUGUGACCUUGGGCCAGGAGCUUAACUUUACAGUGCUUCAGUUUUCCCACUUUUUAAGGAGGGCAAUUAUUGAUUUCCAUAUUAAUUCGGAAGAAUGUUGUGGGGAUUAGGCAAAUGCUCUGAAGUACUUCACCUAAGAAAAAAAUGUCACUCAAAUUACAAGGUAUUUUACUGUUUUUAGAACCUUGUAACUGAACAGGGAGAUUAUUUUUGAAGUUUAAAAAUUACUAGAUGUAACUUCGAACACAUGCUAUGAGAUAAAUGAUUCUGAAAAGCAUAUGAAAGAGACAUGCUAAUUAGGAAAAAGGGAGUUUACCAAAGCCAAAGAUUCCUAAACUUGCAUAAAUCCUCGCCUCAAAUAAUAAGUCUCAAACAUUUCAUUUAAGCUCAUUUAGUAAAAAUGACACUUUAAAGCUCAAAAAAAAUUAGUUGUACUAAUUCUGGUACCAUAAAGUGCUUUGACAUAAAUUUGAACCUAGAAUUGGUAGUUCUAAUAAAAUUUUUUCCACUUUGUUAAAGGUUAUGUCAAUCUUGAAUGCUUGUGGGAUUAUUCUCCACCACUGAUACAUAUUUUAUUACUACCACUUUUAAUAAUGCAUAAAGAUUUUUUUAGGUUAGGUUUUUGGAUUUGCUUUGUCUAUGAUGAAAAAUAAAAACAACUCAGUAUUUGGAUUUGAACAUAAAUUUAACAAGUAUAACGUGAGUCCCCCCCCCCCCGAUCUUGUUAGGAUUUAAGUCACCUUUAUUAAAAGGAAGGCUUCACUCUGACUUUUUUUCCCUAGGCAUAGUUUAAUCAUUCAGCAAUUCUUGUCUUAUGGGAAAUUGUCAUUUUACUUAUGUAACUACUUUUAGUAAUCAGAAGUGAAAAAAAUAUUUUU